CCUACAAUAAUAAUAAUAAUAAUAAUAAUAAAAGGAGAAUAUCUCAUAUAUAUCGCACGAUCAGUCGGCGUGAUUCGCGCAUACAUCGGCUGAUCUCUCCAUGCCGCAUGAGAGAGCCUAAAUAUAGAGUGACACUGUGGCAUUAAUUUGUUGAAUGGAAAGAUAGGUGCGUUCAUACUCGAGGGGGACCGAGUGUCAUUGUGGGGUAUAUCGUGACGGGGUACGGCAGAAAUCUCUGCAUCCGCGCGGGCCCUUCCUUGAAAUCGCGCUCGGCUGAACGUUCGGCUGACACAAAAGGGGUGAUUUCGCUCCCCUUCAGAAAUUUUACAUCCCCUGCGCUCAAGAUACCAGAAGUAGUUCCGCACCGAAAGAAUCGCGGAAGAAACGCAAUAUUUGACAGGAUGUCGAGGAUACAGGGAUAAGGAUUAAGGAGGAGGAUACCGAGAAGUAGAAAAAAAGGAUCCUUACAGGAAAAACGCAUAUUGGAUCGCGCAAUAACUUUAACAGCAAUCGCGUUUAAUACACAUCUAAAAUAUUCGUCAUUGAGUAAAAAAAAAAAUGGAGUUUUUUCAUCGCAUAUUGUUAUCGCGGGACACACGAUACAAGACGAACGACAUAUCGCCGAUGUGCACAGGGCACCAUGAGUUAAAUAUUAAAAUAGGACAAGGUUGUGACGAUGAGAACGCAUUCGGCGAACGCUAUGAUUCCCGGAAGUGGCUCGUUAUUCACCGUUCAUCGGUCAUCAUCAAGACCCUUGUCUACUAUAUGUAAUAGCACCUUGUACGCGCACCUCGCGCUCGUGUGCGCGCGAUGACGACGAUGGCCACGAUGAAUAUUACGAGAGAUUCCCCGAUCGGUUAUAAUAGAAUGAGGUGAGUCCUUCAAUCCCGAUCUCAUCCCGCGAUUUCGUCAUCGCAACAAAUAAUGCCUUCGAGAGGAUCGACCGGCCGUCCCAAGAUAGACAGAUCCACCAGUCCUCUGUCGCGGAAACCGGCAACGAGUUCCGCGAAUCCCGUGCAGGAGUUGAAGGCUCUUUUCACCGAACCUACCAGUAAUGAACUGCCAAUUAUCUCCAAUGGCGAAAAAGAGUCGGACUUCCGAUUUGAAGCCAUACAAUGUUUGCGACAAUCCUCCAUCAUCAAGAUAAGAGUCCACGAUCUACCGGAACGAGGAAACUGGAGCAGCAAGAUCGAAUUUAUUUUAUCCGUCGUGGGAUUAGCCAUAGGUUUGGGGAACCUGUGGCGAUUUCCCUACCUCUGCUAUAAGAAUGGCGGCGGUGCUUUCAUGGUGCCCUACUUCAUCGCGCUCGCGUUGGCUGGUAUACCCAUGUUCCUGAUGGAGUUGUCCUUAGGACAGAUGCUGACGAUAGGUGGUUUAGGUGUCUUUAAGAUAGCUCCAAUCUUUAAAGGCAUUGGAUAUGCGACUUGCGUACUUUCCUGCUGGACUAACGUGUAUUACAUCAUUAUCCUCGCUUGGGCACUCUUCUAUUUCUUAGUUUCUUUACGAGCUGACGUACCCUGGAGAACGUGCGACAACUCGUGGAACACACGCUACUGCAUUACGCCAGAUGAACGUCUGAACGUUUCAUGCUGGAAGGAUGAUCACAGGCCGAACAACAUAACGUGCGCCACGCCUCUCGGGAAUUUGAGUCAUGAGCUGCUGAAGGACCCGGUCAAGGAAUUUUGGGAGAGACGGACUCUGCAGAUUUCAACUGGCAUCGAAGCCGUGGGUGGUAUAAGAUGGGAAUUAGCUGGCACGCUCGCGGUCGUGUGGAUCAUGUGCUACUUUUGCAUCUGGAAAGGCGUCAAAUGGACCGGCAAGGUCGUCUAUUUCACGGCACUCUUCCCGUAUGCCUUGUUGGCGGUGCUGCUCAUGAGAGGUCUGACGCUACCCGGUGCUGUGGAAGGUUUGAAAUAUUACGCUACACCGAAUCUCUCAAAACUCGGUGAUCCCGAGGUAUGGAUAGACGCGGUGACACAAAUAUUCUUCACUUACGCUCUCGGUUUAGGUGCGUUGGUAGCUCUUGGUAGUUACAACAAGUUCAACAAUAACGUUUAUAAAGAUGCUCUCAUUGUAUGUGGAGUGAAUACUUGUACCAGUCUGCUUAGCGGAGUAGUCAUAUUCUCCGUAGUUGGUUUUAUGGCCCACGAGCAACAGAAACCUGUAGCCGACGUAGCUGCUUCUGGACCUGGUCUGGCAUUCUUAGUUUAUCCCUCGGCGGUAUUACAAUUACCGGGGGCAUCGAUUUGGUCAAGUCUAUUCUUCUUCAUGCUCCUUCUAAUAGGAUUGGAUAGUCAGUUUUGCACCAUGGAGGGCUUUAUCACCGCCGCCGUGGAUGAAUGGCCGCGGUUUCUCAGAAAACGGAAGGAAACAUUCAUCGCGAUCGUAUGCCUAAUCUCCUAUCUAGUCGGGCUUUUGUGCGUUACGGAAGGCGGGAUGUACGUGUUUCAACUCCUGGAUACGUACGCCGUGAGCGGAUUUUGUCUGCUAUUCCUGAUGUUCUUUGAAUGCAUCGCAGUGUCGUGGGCAUUCGGGGUGGAUCGAUUUUACGAUGGUAUACGGGAUAUGAUAGGCUAUUACCCCUGCUUCUGGUGGAAAAUAUGCUGGACGUUUACCACGCCUGCCAUUUGCGUGGGCGUUUUCAUCUUUAAUAUCAUCAAGUUUGUUCCUGUGAAAUAUCUCACGUACGAAUUUCCAUGGUGGAGUCACUUGUUGGGGUGGCUCGCAGGUCUCUCCUCGAUGUUGUGCAUUCCGGGCUACAUGAUUUACAUCUGGAAUGUUACAUCCGGAACUACCUCAGAAAAAUUUCGGAAAUUGAUAAAAAUAGAAGACGAUGUUGCUGCCUUACGAAAAAAUCUCAAUCCAGCCAAAGCUGCUGCCAUCGAUACGGAGUUCGAGUUAUAAAAUCGUAUUGUGCCUUCUUCAAUGGAUAUUACAUAUAUGAUGAACUAUAAAACAUUAAUAAGAAAAAGAUUUAAGCGCAAUGGGAUGUAAACGAUUUAAUAAUAAAUUCAGAUUUCAUUAUAAUAGUAUUAAAAUAAGAUAUCAUGUAUGUUUCAUUGACACUAUGAGCACGAUAUCAUAUCGAGCGAUGUUUAUUGAUUAACCAACUAUAUCAUAUAUUUAUAAACUGUUUCCGAACAAUAUAUCAAACAAAAAAAGCAAAAAUAAUAAUAUUCUUUAUAAUUU